UAAUUUUUCCUAAUUUUUGGUGGAAAGUAGCAUAUCUUUCUGGUCGUGUUUUCGGUCCCUCGGGUUUGCGCGGUUUCCUCGAUAAUGUACGAGUCCAAUGAGCGACCGAUGAGGAACGAGAAGAGCGAAGGAGGGUGGCUAGAGAAGACUAGGCGCGACUAGACUGUUCGCUACCGGUCGUUAGUGAGAAAUGAUAUGAUCCAGGGUCCGAGGUGAUUGAUUCCAUUGACGUUUAGUGCCAACACAUUCUUGCCCUAAUUUCGGUCUAGUUAAGUCCCCGGUCGGGUUAAUCCCUUUGGUCGCAACGCAAGGCAUCUGAAUCGGACGAGGGGAAGCUGGCAGAGUGCACGCAGUCUCAACUGAUGGGAAUAACUCAUCGACUGCAGAAAAUCAACAUGAUAGGGUAUGAUUCAUGCGGACUGCUGACGACGUGUCGCCAUGUUUCUCCUCUUCUGCCGGGAGAUGCGGGGGGGAACGAGGGCAGAGACAAGCACCACCGGACUGUCCAGGUCGGAAUAAUAAUUCUGACAAUCACUACUGCUGACUGUCGGCACGAUUGGGAAGUGGCAGGUCCCGUGCACAUCCAACUUGCGUCCAACAUGACUCUAACAUGAGUCGUUGCAGGGAGAUACGAGGGGAAGACAAGGGCGAGUAUCCAAUGGCCGCCAGUCCGACAAAGAACCUGCAGGACGAAGGAUACACCGCUGCUUGCCGAUCGGGUGACAUCCUGCCCCUUGUCUAGCCAGGUUCAUACUUCAUUGUCGUGACCGGCAGCGGGUUCGUCACCCACGGUACGGAGUAGGUCCUCAAGCCAUCUUUCCAGACGAACCAUGUCCAGUCCAGACUGGGGAAAAGGGGUUGGCUGGGCGACCUUCAGCGUUGCAUUCUGGCAAUUCGGCGUUGGAAGAAUUGAGACAUCUUUUUCCUCUCGACGAGGCGGGACUUUCCCCGAGGCGAGGCUGCCCUAGUAGAAGCCCAACAGGUCGCAUCGGACGCUUUGAUCAGGACGGAAAAAAAAAAGAAAAUAUAAUCAGAAUGGAGAAAUCAGAGUGAAAUGCAACCACACGGGUGCGGCUCAACACGAACUGGCCGGACAGUCGUCGACUUUCUCUCUCUCGCUCUCUCUGUUUCUCCACUGCACGACGCCGAUGGAUGCACGCCAGGAUUCUCGUGCUAAUUGGACCCGGCCUGUUGAUGCCCCGCUCUCUGUCUGCCUCUGGGAUGAGGUAGUGCCAAUAGUCAUAUAUGGACCGGGCUUCACGCCAGAAUUGGGUCUUCUUUUCUUCUUUCUUUGUUGCUGGAUGCCGCUACCCUCGCUUGCCAUUCGGCUUUCCUAAAGGCAGCUAAAGGCAGGGUGUUUCCGUAGUUGCUUCUUCCCUUUUCUUAUUUUUUGGGGGUUCUUUGUCUGUCUCCUUCUGAUCCGCUUCUAUCGCGCUUCGAAGGCAAGCACGUCCGAGUUAGGGUUUCUUAACUCCCGCCCAUCGGUCGAUGCGGGCAGAAGAGGUGAUUGAUUUGCACUCGCCUCUAAUUUCCUGCGCUCCAAUCAUUGAGCUGGUGAGCCAACCCCGUAGACUGUAGCGCAAGGAUUCCGCCAUGAAGCCCUCGCGCGCCGUCGUCUCGCUACUGGCAACCUCACUGCUCUCGCCCGCGCUGGGCGCCGUCACGCCGUCGGUGCUCAUCAAGGGUGGCGGAGGUCAACCGGUGACGGUGACGGAAACCAGCAUCCGGACGGUUACCGUGUCAGAGACUUGUCAGAUCCCUACCACGGUGCUGCCUUCAAGCCAGCCGGAGGACACGAGCGUCGCGGUGCCGCCCACAACGGCCGCCGAUCCGGGAUAUUCCACGCUACCAGAAAUUUCCAGCGCUCCUGCCACCGAAACCUCGGCGGACAAUGGCUAUUCUACUCUUCCAGAGCCCCCUAGCCCGCCGAGCACGACCUCAGUCGAGGCCACGGCGCCUCCUGCGUCAACCUCCGUCGUCCCCCCGCCGGCCGUGACCACCAGCGCUGUGCCGCCGUCGGGGGAGCCCGAGGACUGCGACUGUUCGGUGACUGUAAUUCCGAUUACUACACGUACCUACACUAUUCCCGUCCCAGGACCGACUCAGACCACGUCGACGGUGCCAGAGACGACGAGCAAUCCGCCGUCCACGACGACUCGCGUCUCGCUGCCGCCGCCCAGUUCGACCAUCACCACGCCUCCUGCUCCGCCGACGACAACAACGACGACGACGAGCACCAUCGACUGUUACUGUGACGGCUGCGGUGGCUGCGGCGAGGACACGGUCACUGUGACGGUCACCACGACCUUCACUUCAGUAACGACGUCGGUGGUCACCUCUACGGGCUACAUUACCUCCUUCCGCACGAGAACGGUGUCGCAAACAGUCACUUCAGCGGAGACCGUCCUGGUGCCCACCACCACCACGCUGACCUCGACUAUCACUAACACCAUCACUUCCUCGUACAUCUCUACGCAGACCGUAACCACCACCAAGGGUUACACCCAGACUGAUACCGUCUCUAACACCGUCACGCGGCCGGGAGAGACUGUCACCGCGACCCGAACUGCCAACGGCACCGUCACAGUCACGGACCGAGAGACCGUCACCGAGACCGAGACAGCGCCUGGCACGACAGUGACGGUCAGCAGGGGCAAUCCCGGCCACACGGUGACGUUGACGGUGACAGUCACCGACGAGGGCGAGGGCGAGACGGCUACCGAAACGGUGACUCGCACGCAGACGCGGGACACUACGCAGACGGUCACUCUGCCGGAGAGAACGAUUACAUUGCCUGGCUCGACAGUCACUGGCCCCGGUGGCACCGUCACUCUUCCCGGGGAGACGAUUACUCUACCUGGACAAACCGUGACCCAGCCCGGUGAAACGGUCACCCAGCCAGGCGAGACCAUCACCCAACCCGCAGAAACGGUCACCCAGCCGGGAAGAACCAUCACGCUGCCGGGCGAGACGGUCACCGGGCCUGGAGGAACGGUUACCCUGCCCGGAGAGACGGUCACCUUACCGGGAGAGACGAUUACCCAACCAGGGGAGACAAUUACUCGACCCGGAGAGACGGUGACUAGUCCUGGGCAGACCAUAACGAGACCGGGAGAGACCGUCACCUCCGUGCAGACGUUGCCCGGAACCACCAUGACUCUGCCUGCUUCCACGCUGACCACCACCAUCGUCGUGCCUCCCACUACCAUCACCGAGUCCGGAUCGGUGACUACGCUGCCUGCAUCCACGGUGACCUCGACCAUUACCCAGCCUGGCCGCGUGGUGACUGUGCCCCCGUCUGUCGUCACUUUGCCCGGAUCGACGGUGGUUAACACCAACACCGUCCCCGGCCCAACCUCGGUCAACACCGUGUCGGUGACUGUGAUCAUCAGCACGACCAUCUUCGACACGGUUACUUUGCCUGGAUCGAGUACCACCAUCACCGUCACCGACAUUCCCGCCACCGGCACCGUGACGGCCACCGGAACCACGACUCUGUCUAUUUGUCCCAGCCUAACCAUAAACCCGACCUACACCCCAGCUGCGCCGCUGCCUCGCGACUACACUUGGGGAUGUCCGCCGGGGUAUCUCUGCAAGCCCAAGCACGUUGGUGCCGACGCAGGAUGCAACUUCGAGGCUGGACUGCCGGCGGAGAGUUACGUCUGCAGUCCGGACCAGUGUAUCGAGAGCCCGCCGUUCAUUCACAAGCAGCUCUGGGGCGAGCCGGGCGAGUCCGAUAAGGUGGCGCCGACUUACAACGUCUCCAAGGGUUACUUCAACUUAAACCCUCACCUAUUCCGGCUAGAUUACUCCAUCUUCAAGUAUCCCGAGAAUACAUCGGACCUGGAGCACUACUACAAGCGGUCCUUCGGGUCGCGGUUCCGUGGCAAACUACUGUCGCGACAGUCGAUCACCGACGUCCCUCCGGAGUGCUACGACGAAUGUAACGACGCGGCGCUGGAGGUGGAGUCCACGGGCAAGUCGGAGAAGAUCUGCCGGUCCAACUCGGUGUUCAAGCGCUCCCUCGGCAGCUGCGAAAAAUGCAGCAAUCGCGAGCGCUCCAACGGGUUCGACGAGGUCGUCCUGCCGAAUUUCCAGCAGUUCUUGAACUACUGCGAGGAUCAGCCGUCUGGCACGUCCACCGCGGCUGGUAUCACGGAGAGCUCGUCGCAAACCGCCACCGAUGCCACUACGUCGGCGCGGGAAACGACUACAAGCCGUGAUUCGGACUCGACGACAUCAUCGGCGUCGGCGUCGGCGUCGGCGUCUGCUACGGUGACCCGGGCGACAACUACAGCGACGGCUGCGACAACGAGCCGAGGAUUGAGGACGACGGACUCGGACACGACAGAAUCGCAGACGAGAGAAUCGCAGACGACAGGGCCACAGACGACGGGCGCAAGCAGCACCCAUAGUGACGCCAGGACGACUACCACUCACCCGGAUAGAAGAGAAUCCGAUCGCAGCACCACGAUCACCGAGUCGACGCGCUCGUCGGCUCGCACCCUGUCCGGCGAUAGCACCUUCACUGCGACGGACUCGACCAGGGUGACGGCCCCCAGCAGCGGCACAACCAGCGGCGCGACCCGAUCCGCCACCUCCACCUUCACCUUUACGCAUAGCGCCUCUACAGGGUCUGACGCGUCGACGGAGACCGGGGGCAGCCAGACGAUCAGCGCACCCGGUGGCGAGAACACUGCAGGUGCCCCCGGCAGCACCGCCGGAGGUCCGUCCUCAGGAACAGAUGCCACGCAGACUGCAACCGACUCUGCCGGAGCAACGGCCACCGACAGCGAGGAGGCGCCUCUCGCCACUGGUGCUGCCAUGGCCCUGAAGGUGCCGUCACAUUGGAGUGCAUUGGCGUCGACGAUUGCAUUGAUUGCUCUCCUGGUCUAGAGGCCAGGGUGUUUGGGUUUGAUUUCGGAUAUUAACCGGCAUUUCCAUUUCUUUCUCAAUUAUUACUAUUAUUAUGUGCCAUGUUGUAUUGUUAAUCAUACGACGUCCCCUCCUUUAAUGUUUAUAUCGACGGGGAGGAAACGAGUUACGAGUGAUGUGGAAAGCGUGGUUUACGUAGGAUACCUACGAGUUUAAUUUUAUAUAAUGUCAGUGUGAUCAGGCUAUUGUGAUAGAAUGCUAGAAAAUUGUUUAUC